AUGGCCGAGACACUGGUGGCUUCCAUGGCUCAGCUCCUGCAGAGAUCUGCAGACAGCAGUGGCGCUGACAGGAAGCAGCUCGUCUCCAGUCUUUUGUCCGAGCUCCAAGCCACCCCUGUCACACAGGGCGAGGAGGAUCAGCUGCGUGCUAUACUCUCAGGUGCCAACUCGCCAUUCACUGAGUCCGAGCGACGGGAGAUCGCGUCAGCGCUGACCCGGGCGCACGCGGACGCAGACGACUCGAAAGCUGGCCGUGCUAGCCGCCGACCAAACCAAGACUAUCUUCGCUUCCCGCACUUUCUGAGCAAGCAGCAGUGGCAGCUUCUCCAGAACAGCCGCACCGCACGGGACAGGGCCGAGGCGCUGUCUGAGUGCUUGCACUAUUCUUUGCAGCUGGAACUUCCAUCGGAGCAAACGCUGGCGACUAUGACUGCGGUCAUAUGCCUCAUGGAGGGGGGAACUCACUCCCAGUUUCAGUUGCACUCAGUUUUGCAGGUGGUGCGAACCGCAUGGAAGUCGUGCACGAAGCGCUUUUCUAAGCAGGGCACCAUGGGCCACGGGGACCUCCUUCAGGUCCUGCCGCCCUCAGUGGCGGAUCUGCCUUCUGCGCUCAGAGAGAGGCUCGGCCAAAGUCCUCCGGUUUUGACGGAGAACAUGCCUUUGUCCGACAUGGGCAUUCGAGCGCUGGCUGCAAAGGUGCCUUUGAGGCAGACCCAUGCGUCGGUCUCGCAAGGGAGCGCCGGAAAUGCGGGCGGCGCGCCCGCCGCGCUGUUGCAGCUGUUGGCUGAUCACGCCCUCAGAGGCCAACAGGAUCCACGCAGUCCACGCAUUGACUUUUUGCCCAUGCCGGCUUCUGGCCCCUCUGUGCCGGAAAUGAAGGCCAUCAAAGAUGCACCCAGCAGAAAUCCGAGCAGCGACAGCCUUGGCUUUGCCGACAAGGAGCAGGCUUUGGAAAUUGUUUUUCCAAAGGCCGGCGAUGCCUCUGGGACAGACCCCGCCAAGUCGGAGGCUGUUCCGCUCCAACAAUCUGCGGAGGGGAAGCUGCAGGAAGUUGCGGACGAGCUCCAAAAUCGCCGCAGCGAACUGGCUAUGCCAUGGCCAGGUCCCCCCGCGACCACGGCAGGAGCGCCAAAGGUGCUCAAGCGGCCAGCGGCAGACAGCAGCAUGUCGACGCCCCAGAAGCGUCCGGCUGCUUCCGCCCACAAGCAGAGGUAUGUUUCUUCCUCGGAAGCGCCCAUCAUGAAGCGCCCGGCUGCACACAAGCAGGGCAACCGAAAGAUGAAGCGUCCGAGCGCCAGCAGAGCAAGCCAGGGCACAGGUUUGGCCAACACUCAAGCUGCGGCAGGUGGCUGGAGCAUCUGCACCUACGUCCGUGCCGCUGGCUUGCAGCAAGGGGCUUCAUAUCACGAGUACAUUAGUCCCGCCGGAGAGCGCUUUCGUAGCAAGUCGUCAGCUGUUCAGCAUGGCUUCCAGCCAUGA